AUAUGUAAAUUACUAAUAAUAUUAUGAUGUAAUAUUGUUUAUCUAUCUCGUUAUACAUUGACUGAUAAGGGGCAGCUUCCAUUGUUGGGGUGCCGAUAUGGAUAACCCGACCUCACUUGAACUUUGAUAAAUCUGUUAUUAGCAAAUAGCUGUUAUUUAUUAACACAAACCUUAAAGUGUUGACAUACAGUGUACAGACCAGUCAAGCUAAUGAAAUCGGAGAAAUAUCAAGCUAAGAAAGAAGACGAAUCUGAGUUAAACGAGAAGAAAGAAACGAAAAAAGCUCCAAGAAUGCCGAACAUUAAAGUUUUUACUGGCAGCUCUCAUCCAGAACUUGCCAAAAAAAUCGUCGCUAGACUGGGCCUCGACUUGGGCAGAGCUACCACAAAGAAAUUUAGCAACAAGGAAACUAAUGUUGAAAUAGGAGAAUCCGUCAGAGGCGAGGAUGUGUAUAUCGUACAGAGUGGUUGCGGUGAAAUAAACGAUAACCUUAUGGAACUUUUGAUCAUGAUAAAUGCCUGUAAAAUAGCCUCUGCCUCGCGGGUUACAGCUGUAAUCCCGUGUUUCCCUUACUCGAGACAGGACAAGAAAGAGAAAAGCCGAGCACCAAUCGCUGCUAAACUUCUUGCUAAUUUAAUAUCAGUCGCUGGAGCCGAUCAUGUUAUAACCAUUGACUUACAUGCAUCACAAAUUCAAGGUUUCUUUAACAUACCCGUUGACAACUUGUACGCUGAACCGGCGAUUACAAAGUGGAUCAAGGACAAUAUACCAGAAUGGAAAACAAGUGUCAUGGUAUCUCCGGACGCCGGUGGUGUGAAGAGGAUGACUGCCAUCGCUGACAGACUUGAUAUUGAUUUUGCCAUCAUCCACAAAGAAAGACAGAGGGCCAACGACGAAGAUUCAACCGUUCUAGUAGGAGAUGUGAGAAACAGAACAGCUAUAAUGGUCGAUGACUUAGCAGAUACCUGUGAUACUAUAGUUAAGGGAGCUCAAAAACUGCAAGAGGCAGGAGCAAAUAAAGUAUACGCAAUUUUAACCCACGGUGUUUUAGCCGGUAACGCUAUAGAAAAGAUUAAUAAUUCUUGUCUUGAAGCUUUUGUGAUAACUAAUACGAUCCCUCAGGAUAAAAAUAUGAAACUCUGUCCUAAACUACAAACCAUGGACAUAUCUGUCAUGCUCGCUGAGGCAAUACGGAGAACUCAUUACGCUGAAUCAGUUUCCUAUCUAUAUACCAAUGUACCUUAUUAAUUGCUCUAUAUUUUUCUCUAAAUAUGACGUAGAUUGAGGACGAUACGUAAACAUUUAUAUAUUAAUUGUGUCGUUGGGGGAUUUUCUUUAUUUUUAGCAUCCUUCAUAACCCUUGACUGUUACAACAGAUGUAUUUACUUCCAAUAAGCAUAAUUAAUUUCUGGACACGAGUGUUUAAAUGAGUUUCCCAUUUUAUAGCAAUGUAACAUCCCUAAAAAUUCUUUUUAUUUACAUUCAAUACAUAAAAUUAAAGAAAGUUGA